CUUGGUAGCGAUGCGGCUGCCCGAUGAAAUUGAUCCAGACUGGUCGGACCACACGGGGACUUCUGUUGCAAAAUAUAACGUUGGAAGUUUCCAUUUUCCUGAAGACGCAGCACGGAAGGUCAACCCCCUAACAAAUCUCCUCGCUUUAUUGGAUGAUCAAGUGUCAGUUACUGUGUAAAACCAUGACAUCGACGUUUAAAACGACGGACUACAACACCCAGAAAACUCGGGAAGACGCAUCUGUUGUCACAGGAAGUUAGAAUGAAGUCGUGUUGCCAACACGGGAAGUUAAAAAACCUUUAAAUUUGACAGUUCGGUGCAGCUUGAUGUGGAGGAGUGUGUUUCUGAGACCAGAGGUGGUUAAUGGAAUUCACCUCUUGUGGAAAACCAGAAGCUUGUUCACAAUGCAGCUGAAGACCAAGGAGUUCCAGUCACUCUUUACAGAGGGGUUGAAGGGUAUAGCAGAGCUGUUUGAGAAGCACAGGUUUGAGCUGAGGAUCGCUGGAGGUGCUGUGAGAGAUCUCUUGAAUGGAAAGCAGCCUCAGGAUGUGGACUUUGCCACCACAGCUACCCCUGAGGAGAUGAAAAACAUGUUCCAGGCGGCUGGUAUUCGAAUGAUCAACAACAAAGGAGAGCAACAUGGAACCAUAACCGCAAGGCUUCACGAGCAGAACUUUGAAGUGACGACACUGCGAGUGGACGUUGCGACUGAUGGAAGGCAUGCGGAAGUGGAGUUCACCACAGACUGGAAGAAGGAUGCAGAGAGACGGGAUCUCACCAUCAACUCCAUGUUUCUAGGACUGGAUGGCACUCUGUAUGAUUACUUCAAUGGCUUUGAAGACCUGCAGAACAGAAAGAUGAGAUUUGUCGGAAGUGCAGCCGAGAGGAUCCAGGAAGAUUAUUUAAGGAUCCUACGAUAUUUCAGGUUUUACGGCAGGAUAGCAGAAGAGCCUGGUGAUCACGAGCCUGAGACUUUAGAAGCAAUAAAGGAAAACUCCAAGGGACUGGCUGCGAUCUCCGGAGAGAGAAUCUGGAUGGAACUGAAGAAGACUCUGACUGGAAACCAUGCAGCUCACCUUGUCUCCCUCAUGUAUGACCUGGACGUGGCUCAAUAUAUCGGGUUACCUGUGAACGGGAGUCUGGAGGAACUGAAGCGUGUGUGGAAGAACGCACAGCACCGGAACCCCAAGCCCAUGACCAUCCUGUCUGCUCUGUUCCGAGGGCCGGACGAUGUGAACAAGCUGGAUCUGAGGGUAAAAAUCUCCAGAGAAGAGAAGAACCUCGGCCUGUUCUUGGUGAAGCACAGAAGAGAUCUACGCAAGGCAGACGAUGAGGCGGACAGCUUGAAGCCAUUCAGAGACUAUAUCAUAGACUCGAGGGAGCCAGAUGUCCAAAGCAGAAUCUGUGAAUUGCUGAAAUACCAGGGAGAGGAACAGCUGUUAGCAGAAAUGGAGAAGUGGUCUAUCCCACGCUUCCCAGUCAGCGGGCAUGACCUGAGAAAAAUGGGGAUCACCUCUGGGAAAGAGAUCGGCGCAAUACUGCAGACUCUGAGGGACCUCUGGAAAAAGAGUGGCUAUCAAAUCGACAAAGAUGAACUUUUGAAGGAUGUCAAAAAUCUAUAGAAAAAGAGAAUCCUUUUCCACUGUGAAAUAUCUGCCUCAACUGAUGGAAAUAAGACUCCCAUGGCAUAGCAGUGUGAGCCAAUCCAGAUUUGAGUGUGCUAGGAGAUACACCUCCACUUGUUACCUUGUUACAUGGCAGGUAAUUAAAGGGUUUAUAGUUUGUGAUAAAAUUCCAUGAAUCAUACCAGUCGAGCACUUUCAUUGACUCUGUCACUCUGUCGAUCUCAUAUGUAGUACUGGAAUGUUGUUGUGUUUUUCUUUUUUUUUUUUAAUUAAGCAAUGCUCUUCAAUAUUGAAUUACAGUAGAACCUGUCAUGUCCUAUUUCAUUGGUUCCAGGGGUCCAUUGGAUAUGUAUGAAUACCGCAUCAGAAUGUGUGUUAUUUAUUUAAGACUUCACUUAUCCAUUGGUUUCCUUUCCAUGAUGUCUUUUUACUAAACUCUGCUAUGACUACAAGCCAGCAAACACAUUUCAAGCAGUUCGAAUAUUCAGAUAUCUAUUACACAUAUCAAAUAUUUGUUUUCAUUCUUAACUGGUACAGUUCUAAGUGAAAGAAAGUUCUUAGUUUGCAUGCUUUAAUUCUAAGCAGUUUCUCUGGGGUCAAAGCAAGGCAUUGGCUGUAAAACAUGGCAGCCAUCGGGCAAUCUGCCAUGUUUAAUGACAGCACAGAAUGCGUUGAAGAAGAGGGGACAUUUUCACUCUCAAGUUUAAUGACAGGACAGAAUGCGUUGAAGGAGAGGGGACAGUUUCACUCAGGUUUAAUGACAGGAUAAAAUGCGUUGAAGGAGAGGGGACAGUUUCACUCUCAUGUUUAAUGACAGGACAGAAUACGUUGGAGAGGGGACAGUUUCACUCUCAUGUUUAGUGACAGGACAGAAUGUGUUGAAGGAGAGGGGACAGUUUCACUCAUGUUUCACUGGGUGUGAGCUGGGGGGGGAAGGAUAAGGCAGAAGAAGCAGCAAGGAGCAGUUAGUAGGACAGAAUGUGGUUACUGACUGAGGGUGACGCUGUCGCACAUCUCAGGGGCAGAGGACCCAGCAACCGAAACGGGAUAGAAAGAUGGUCACUGACUGAGGGCGGCGCUGCCAACACAACUCGGGGGCGAAGGACCCAGCGACCAAAGACAGGAUAGAAAAGAGGUCACCGACUGGGGCCGACGCUGUCGACAUCCCAGGGGCGGAGGACCCGGCAACCGAAAACACAUAUGAGGGUUAUGACUUGGAAAGCCGCCCCUCGGGAGCAGAUGAGAGAGGUACCCAGCAUCUGAGGCUUCUGUAAGGGGUGCUCGUAAAACCCCUGAUUGGCCGAGACGUCACGCUGCCUGGGACCUGAAAAUAAGGACAAAGCAUUGAGGUUAGUAUAAGACUCGGCACGAGUGACCACGUCCUGAAGAGAGGCAGAAUAGAAGAGAGCCUUGAGUGAGAUAAGAUGAGCGCAGGAGCUGCGACAGGACAGAGUUUGGCCGGGGGUCCGCUCUGACUCACGCGGUGAGAACCCCUGAAGCUAAGGGAGACGGCUGCCUAGCCCUGAGGUUGGGGAAGUGAGCCUCACUUACCCCCCAGAGAUGACCGAUGCGAAGGCAUGUAGAAGGUGGAGGAGCGGAGGAGGAGGAAAACUAAACACUAGACAGAAAAGGUGCAGGUGAUCAGGUCUUAAAUAGUAAAUAGAUACUAAUUAACGGGAGAUUAGAAAAUUGAAAGAUUAGAAGAUUAGCGCCCCCCCCAGCUCCACGCCCCCCGAACCUUGCAAGCUAACAUUUAAUGACAGGACAAAAUGCGUUGAAGGAGAGGGGACAGUUUCAUGUUUAAUGACAGGACAAAAUGCAUUGAAGGAGAGGGGACAGUUUCACUCAUGGUGAAAUGACCUGGGAAGUGUAAGGACAUGCAAAAAUGAUGGACCCAGAUAAAAUCUUCUAAGGUGAGAAUACAAGCUAGCUGACAGUUUCUGUAUGAACCUAUUUAAGUGUUGUGAUCACCACUAAGCAGUUUUUUUUGUUUUUGUUUUAACAUCACUGGGAGUUUAGCAAUACUAGUUUUUGCUUGUUUGUUCUUUAAUAUAACAUUUAGUACAUAGUGUAUUGCAUUAGGUGUAUUUUUCAUACACAGUUUGACUCAAAACACCAUAUCUGAGUGUGUUCUGCCAAACUGCAAAAGACAGUAAUGAGCAGUCACAUGGUGUUCCCUCAUUUGGCUCCUGUACUAGUGGUGGGAGUUGAUGGACACAUAAAUAACCUAGGAUUUCAAAGGAGUCAUGACAGAACAUGUGUUCUGUAGUUGGAGCCCUUUUAGGUUCAGUGCAGAAUCACAGUGGGCGGUCAAUUAUCUGUAAUACACAGUCAAUCCCAGCUACACACAGCAUCAUGGAACUGGAUGCUGUGGAGGUGGUCAAAAAACAACCAACUGCCUGAUCAAAAGAGCAGCAAAACUGGACAAAGAUUAAACACAAAGAAUGAAAAAGACUGAAUGCUUUUCAUAACCAGAGAAGCAGGCUUCAAUUGCUAUUAGCAGGGACACGAGACAUGCAAUUGCACAUCUAACAAACAUCAAAAAACAAAAGAAAAAUAAUCAGUAUGGGGAAGGAAACUUGCAUGGACAAAUCCACAGCUUUCAGCAAAACAAAAUAGUUUGUUUAAAGAGGAACAGCCUUUAAAAUUCCAAGGACUAAUAAUAAAAAGUUGCAAUUCACGUA